AUGCAGUCCACUUCUUUGCUCAAUUCCUCACAAAUUUUCUUCCAUCCAAAACCAUGUUCUAAUGGCAGGAAAACUAGCUCUUUAUCUCCAAUUAAGGCUUCCAUGAGAGGCUCAGCAGAUCAGAAUUUCAGUGGAAGAUUGGUCGAUGAGGGCAUGAUAAUACUGAGGAAGAGGAUCCAUGAGAUGAACAUGAUUGAGAGGAACUAUGAGCCACCUUCAGAUUGGAUGGAUUGGGAGAAAAGCUGUUAUACCAAGUAUGACUCCAUGGUAUGUGAAGCAGUGGGAGUUUUGCAGACCCAGUUGAUGAAUACGAGGCCUAGUUUGGCUCUUGGGGCCAUGGCUUUGGUUGCAAUCAGUGUUCCAACUUCUUCUGCUGUGCUUUUUCUUCAUCUGGUUGAGUUGGCUAAGACUGUUGUUGCCGGAGUUCAUCCCUUCUAG